AUGCCCGCAACAACUGAGGACUUGUUUGCAGAGUACCACGGACAGGUGGUUCCAAGAGCCUUCAAUGGCGGCUUCAUCACUCUCAGCUUCGCCGUAAGCUUGAUCGGCGCCGCUUCCACGCUCGAACUGCUCAACAGACGAACUUCGCCCAAGGGCAAGUUCAAUCAUCUGCUUCUGGUCAGCUCUGCUGUCACGAUGGGCGGUAUCGCAAUUUGGUGCAUGCACUUCAUCGGCAACAGAGCCAUCGACUUGGCCAACGGAGAACCCGAGUUGCAAAUUGCGUAUUCGAGCGGCUUCACAGCCUUGUCCUUCUUUGUCCCCAUUGCCGUGCUUCUCGCUGCUUUUGUCGCCGUCGGUAUUAAUAAUACCGUUUCUUGGUGGCGAGUUUGCAUCGGUGGUGUUUUGGCUGGUGCUGCGAUCUGCGGAAUGCAUUAUCUCGGGAACAACUCCAUCGACAACUACAUCUGCAUUUACAACCCGAUCAAUGUAGUUGGUGCGGCACUAAUUGCAGUCGCUGCAAGCAUCGUGGCUCUGGCUCUCUUCUUCGUCUUCCGCGCAGCCUGGACAACGUCUUGGUGGAAACGAGCUGCCUGCUCUGUCGUUUUGGCUGGCGCAGUCUCGGGGAUGCAUUGGUGCGCUGCCACAGGUACCGAGUAUCAACUCGUUCGUCUUAACGUCGGGAGCAACGAACUAUCCCGCAACACCACCGUCAUUGUUGUUAUUUGCUUGUCCAUUGGCGCUUGCUUCGUCAUGGGCGGAACAGCCAUUUACACCGCCCGUAUCAUGAGACGUUAUGCCAGCAAGGCUCAACAGGUUGUUCUCGCUGCUGCGGUCUUUGACAAGCACAACCGCAUCCUUGUCAACCCAGAUGGUCUGGUCCCGACAGAAAAGAUCACCGACACAUUCCUAGAAAAGAAUGCCAGCGACAACUUCAGCAUCGCUCACCCCCUAUUCCUGUGGAUGUUCCAGGCGUCGAGAAAUUGGUCUGGCAUCUCUGCCCUCGUUGGGGGAAUGACAAACCACCUUGCCCAUCUUCCAAAGCGUGGCCGCGACCGUGAUUCUCGUGCCGGCAUUCAAUUGAUCAAUGAGCAUGGCGAGCUGAUUGAGAAUUACGACGUCAUCUUCCGCGAAUUAUUCUGCGUUGCCGCCGCCGGUCUCGCUGAGAAGAUGAAGGAGCAUCUGACAUCUGUCGGACUCUUGUGGGACGAGAUCUUGCCAACGGGUGCGAGCGGACAACGUCCUGGACAUGAGACGAGCAGUCAACAAGAAGUCGACGCCAUUCUGAGACCCAACGGUUCGCUGAGGAAGGUCGAGGCAACUAGCAAUAGCGAUGAUCUUGCAGAAAAAGGUAUUGGCCGCCGUAAGGCUCAUGAGUUCGGGCGGGGUUCUCUCAUGUUCUUGGUGCGCCGGGUGCAGACCGAUCGAGAGAUCGAGAGACUCGAGGCCGCCGGCUACCGGUUCGCAGAGCUCCGCCAAGUGAGCAACAUCAUCGCGUCCAGCAUGCAGAUCCAGUCGAGAGACCUGGCGGCAAAGCUUCAGAACAUGGCUUCGUACGCCAACGACAACAACCAGCUUGAGCCCGGCGUACACGUGGGCUUCUUUGGCAUUCGCGCUCGAGUAGGCAGUUACGGGUUCGACGUUGCUGUUCGUAAGGGGGCCCGACACCUCCUCCCUAGCGUGCGGAUGCCCUUUGAUCGAGUCGAACCGUGGCACCUGGACUUUCUCCAGCAGCUCGACCGGCUGACUACGCUCGGGGUGAGCAGAAGGAUCGCUUCUAUGAGCAAUUUGGGCACACGCGAAAUGCUCUUCGCAACACGGCUGACUGAAAGCCUCGACGCAUUAAGGACUUGGAUCGAUGACCCAAUUUUCAACGAGGCCAUCCUCACUAGCACUGUCGUCACUCUACCUGCAGACCAGGUUGCAGGCUCAUCGUCGCAGCCGACAAGCUUGAUCGCUUUCCGCAUGGUGAUCCCGAUUCACGUCAUCUUCUCCAGCCCUAAAUGCGAGUUCGUUCCAUUGAACUUUUUCAAGGUCCAUCAACUGGUGGGUCGGGACGCAUCACGACAUCUCGCCUUCACUCAAUCGGUUCACCGCGAGCUGGCGCCGGUCGUACAGUCUGUGCCGCUUGAAAAGCCUCGCCCGGCCAUGGGCAGAGACAGGAAGUCCCGGUUCUCGUCGCGUCUUCGUGAAUUUGGUCGCUUCGGCCCGUCGCAUCCCGUCGAUUCCAAAGGAAACACAAUUCCCACAGCCAUCGGACGCUCUUCAUCGAGAACGAAUUCGAAUGCAUCAAGCUCGACCCUAAAACUCUGGACAGGCCGACGAGAUAGUGACCCCAUGUCACCGGGUACUUCAAGCUUCGAUGGGGCGCCUCCCACAUAUACGAACAAAGAGGCGGCCAACCAGUCGUCACCGUUUGGGGGCAUCAUGGUGUCGGAAGAGAUCCGCGUCGAGAUUCACAAAGCCGAUGAUAUGUCCCACCCCGGGUCACACGAUGUGUGCAUAUCCAACCGAAGAACCCCAACGAUGCUAGGCCGAAGGGCCAGCGAUAGCCCCGGAAAUGUGCCCGGCAACAUCGGGGAUGAUCAGGCGGGGGCUAUGAAUGAUGAAUGUCGGGUUACCAGCACGAACGGCAGUGCCAUUGAGAUGCGAACACUCCAGGUGGCCGAGGUGAGAACCAACGUUCAUGCUGGUGGCGGCAUGCAGAGUUCCAAUGUCGAGGCGGAAAGGGUAAACGAUGUACCAACGUUUGUCGACGAGCUAUUCACCAUCGCUAUCGAGAGUCGGUAG